GAUUAAAUAAUAAAAAAACCUGAAUCGGAAGUCCGAAAAGCACAAAUGUCAAUGAUCAUGAGCGACCCGCAUGAAUUUUCCUCUUCCUUCAUCCCUCUUAUAGCAGCAGCUUUAGCUCUAAUCUCUGCCAUCCUUAUCCUCGGAACCCAUGUCAGAAAAUCGUCUCAGAAGACUAAAAAAUAUCACCCGUUCGGCAGCACUCACCUGAACAAAAUACUCCAUUAUAACACGCUACUUGACUUCAUCACCGAACUCUGUCGCAAAUAUAAAACUUACAGAUUGCGUUCUUUCUCCUCAUCUGAAAUUUUCACCGUUGAUCCUGCUGUUGUUGAACACAUCCUCAAAACAAACUUUCCAAACUAUGGCAAGGGAUUUUUCCAAAACGUUGUGAAAGAUCUACUGGGAGAUGGGAUCUUUGCUGUUGAUGGAGAGAAGUGGAAACAUCAAAGGAAAGUAUCAAGCUAUGAAUUCUCCACUAAGAUAGUGAGAGACUUUAGCAGUGUGGUCUUUAAAAACACUGCUGUAAAGCUUGUUCGAAUAAUUUCUGAAGCUUCUGCUGCAAACCCAUCGUUAGACAUGCAAGAUUUUUUAAUGAGAGCAACUUUAGACUCUGUGUUUAAAGUCAUAUUAGGUAUAGAUUUAGACGGUUUAUCUGGAACUUAUGAUGAAGGAGCUCGAUUCACUAAGGCUUUUGAUAAAGCAAAUGCCAUUACUUCUUUUCGAUUUGCUGAUUUGUUUUGGAAAAUUAAGCGGUUCCUGAACAUUGGAUCAGAGGCUGAAUUGAGGAAGAACAUCAAAGUGAUUGAUGAAUUUGUAUACAAAUUAAUUAAAAGCAAAAAGGAGCAACUCAAUAAUCCACAAAAUGAUUUAAAACCUGGGAAGAAAGAAGACAUUUUGUCAAGGUUUUUGGAGCUGGGAGAGACUGAUCCAAAAUACUUAAGGGACAUAGUUCUGAAUUUUGUAAUUGCCGGUAAAGACACCACGGCUAUCACUAUUUCUUGGUUUUUUUACUUGCUUUGUAAGCAUCCUGAGAUACAGGAAAAGAUUGCAAAGGAAAUAAUAGAAGCAACCCAAGUGAGUAGUGAUUCAAGCAUUGAGGAACUUGCAGCCAAAGUUAAUGAACAAACCCUUGACAAGAUGCAUUAUCUCCACGCAGCUUUGUCUGAGACACUCAGACUGUAUCCCCCAGUUCCUGUGGAUGGGAAGAGUGUAUUUUCCGAUGACACGCUGCCGGAUGGUUUCAGUGUGAAAAAAGGCGAUGUGGUUGCUUUUGUGCCUUAUGCGAUGGGCAGGAUGAAAGAUUUAUGGGGAAAUGAUGCAGAAGAAUUCCGACCAGAGAGAUGGCUCAAUGAAAAUGGCCAUUUCCGGCCGGAAAGCCCUUUCAUCUUCACGGCCUUCCAGGGGGGUCCGAGAAUCUGUAUAGGAAAGGAUUUUGCUUACAAGCAGAUGAAAAUUUUCUCUAUGAUCCUGAUUGGAAGCUACAGAUUUAAGCUCAGUGAUGAAAGUAAACCAGUCAAGUAUAAAACUGCACUCACUCUUCAUAUUGAUGGAGGACUCCAUCUGCGCGUCUUUCCCAGAUCCAGAAAUGAAGAAACGUUUAAUGCUUAAACAUCUUUAUCUUCCUACUGGCCUUGGCACCCGCCUAAAUUUAGGGCCAACAGGAACAUAUAUAACGCUGAUUAUCUUGCUGUGUUUGUGUGGUACUCUCUACGUUUCAUGUGCCUGGUUGAAAUUAUUAAAAAUUGGCAUUAUGCAACCUAAAUAAAACUUUUAUUAAAAUCUUUGAAUCGACUCUUUACGCAUCAAUGACCAUAAAUUUGUAGUAAAUUUGUAAUACUGAGUGGUAGAAUAGCAAUCGAGCUGACACGAAUAUUGUUAGGCCCCAGUUUCAUUUGAUAAAAUAGAUGUAAGGUUUGAG